AUGUCACCCCCAGAUCUUACACCAAUUACCGAAACCCCUUCUUUUGUAAAUGAAGGCGAGGAAAUGAAUCUCGAAGUGUUUUUACGCUACUUUGUCGCGGAUGUUCUCCCAUACGCAGUGGUCCUUGGGUCAGUUUUACUGAAGUUUCCACAAAUAUUGAAAAUCCUUCAACACCGGAGCGCGGAUGGCAUUUCCCUUGCUUCUGUCUAUUUUGAGAUGACGGCCUAUGUUAUUACCACUAGCUGGGGAAUUGCCCAAGCGCUAAACUUCAAAGAUUAUGGAGAGAAUAUGCUCAUUAUGGGAGAAGUGGCUUUUUUGCUACUUUUGGUGGGCUACUUACAACGUAGUAUGUCUUGUGCAUUGUUGGUAUUUAUUUUUGAGGCAGUGGCACUUGUUGUCAUGUCAAGUGGAUUUCUUCCCCGCAUUUUCCAUGAAUGGCUUUUGGGUUUACAAAUUUUUUUGGGUAUGAGCAGUCGUGUGCCUCAGAUUAUAAUGAAUUAUCGAAAUCAGUCGACAGGACACGUGUCUUUUUUGACAUAUUACUUAGCCAUGGUAGGUGGCAUUGCCCGACUGCUAACGACUUUUCAUAAUGUUUCUGUUGAAAAGGGCAAAUAUGUCAUGCUGAUGCAGUUUGGAGUUGCAGUGGGACUAAACGCAACUAUUCUUUUGCAGAUUUUGGCCUACAGGGAACUUACGCGGAAAAAAUUAGACCAACAAAACCUGGAAAAGACGCUGGAGAAAGAUAAGAAAAGAGAGUAG